GCUCUUUUGGUGUCAAUUGACUCAAUUCGCACUUUUUAUUUCUCCUUUCACCGUUGGCAUUUCUGUUUCCGUUGGCUGAAAAAACCUUUAAAACGCUCACAGAGAGAGAGAGAGAGAGAGAGAGAGAGAGAAUUUGGUGGAUUACGAGAGUUGUGGUGAAGAUGUCUGCAGCAGGUGGGGGUGUUGGUAGUGGUGGUCAAGAGGAGGACAAGAAGCCCAUGGACCAGCACAUUAAUCUCAAAGUCAAGGGCCAGGAUGGUAAUGAGGUGUUCUUUAGGAUUAAAAGAAGCACCCAGUUGCGGAAACUCAUGACUGCAUACUGUGAUCGUCAAUCUGUAGAGUUCAACUCUAUUGCAUUCUUGUUUGAUGGGCGCAGACUUCGAGCAGAACAGACUCCAGAUGAGCUUGAGAUGGAGGACGGUGAUGAGAUUGAUGCGAUGCUUCACCAAACUGGAGGUGGGAACUAUCCUUAACUUCAAAUUGCUCUGCACAGAGAUGUGGAAGCCGUGGCAAGGAGAGUUUGUGUGAAAUGCAAAGAUCUUGUUUUGCUUUAUCUAUGGAACUAUUAUUGAUGUAAUUGGAAAUGAAUCUAAUGAAGAAUUGAAAAGGUAAGUUGAGGUAUUGGGUACCAGUGAUACUUCAGACUUUUAAUGCAUGGUUAUGGACCCUGGGUCCUCCAUUAUGCCUUCUCUGUGUGUGAGCUCACAUUGUUUAUUCGUUCCAAGGUGUUCAGGGUUCUCUCCUCUUUGAUGUGUUAAUGCGAAACUUUGAUUUUUGAUGGUAAGAGACUAUUUAUUGUUCUUCUAUGUACUUCCAUAUAGUUUUUCUA